GCUGUUUAUCGCAUUCAUUCUCUCUUACAUUCUAUGUUAUAACGGAAAACAUUCAUACCAGGAGUCGCCAUGAGUUUCCUUGCGCCAGGAGUGUAUGGUCGUCACAAUGGUGCUCCUAUGGUUUGGCGUGCUCCACAAACCAAGAAAGUGCUGCUUCCAGCCCUCGACAAACUGGAUGACCUAGACGAUGACCCUCCUCCCUAUUGGCCAGGAAAAGCCCACCCACCCCCGCCAGACCCAGAUCCCUCAGACGACCCCAGCUCAGACGACGACCCUCUUCCCCCUCGUAGACCAUCUCGACGCCGUCGUCGACGCCCUCGGCGACCGUCGGACGCGUCUGCCUCCACCACCUCGUCAGGCGACGAGCGUCCCCGGCCCCGCCGGCCCAAGCCGGGCUGGUUCAACCGACACGUGCACGUCCGCAUCCCAGACGUCGUCCGCUCCUUCGUGCACUGGGUCGCCGCGCGCCUGCUCCUCCCCGCCGAGGUCGUCGACCUGGGGUUCUACGUGAUCGAGAACGCGCUCACGCAUCUGUGCCGCCGCCGCGCGAACUUCAUCCGCGAGCAUCCGGAGGUCGCGUUUGCGCCGCCGUGGAAGCAGCAGAGGUGGUUGAGGGGCGAUGUGAGAGAGGAUGAGGUGGAGGAGUAUAGGAUGGCGCGGUAUCCGUGGUGGGAGCGGGAGGCGGCGAAGAAGGCGAUGGAGAGGGGGAAGGUGCAUGUUUGGCCGAAGCCGGGGGAGGAUGAUGGGCCUUAUUUGGUGUCAAAUGAGUAAGGAACACUGGCCACCGCGGCGGGAGACCAGUGGUGAAAGGUGUUGGUGGCACCUCUUUGUACCCACUUCCCAAUUUGUGUGCACUUUCUCGAUUGUACCUAUACGUACAACUGUAUCCAACAUCACCGAAUGGAACACUCCGCCCACCCUGAAACAUA